GGCGGCGGCGGCGGCUCCUCCCGCCCGAGGCAGUCGGGCUGGGCGCCGGGGGCGGGAGGGGGCGGGGGGAGCGCGCCAGCCGCCGGGAGUGGGGGGCGAUGGCGAAGCUCCGGGUGGCUUACGAGUACACGGAAGCCGAGGACAAGAGCAUCCGGCUCGGCUUGUUUCUCAUCAUCUCUGGCGUCGUGUCGCUCUUUAUCUUCGGCUUCUGCUGGCUCAGUCCCGCGCUGCAGGAUCUGCAAGCCACGGCGGCCAACUGCACGGUGCUGUCGGUGCAGCAGAUCGGCGAGGUCUUUGAGUGCACCUUCACCUGUGGCGCCGACUGCAGGGGCACCUCGCAGUACCCCUGCGUCCAGGUCUACGUGAACAACUCCGAGUCCAACUCCAGGGCGCUGCUGCACAGCGACGAGCACCAGCUCCUGACCAACCCCAAGUGCUCCUAUAUUCCUCCCUGUAAGAGAGAAAAUCAGAAGAACUUGGAAAGUGUCAUGAAUUGGCAACAGUACUGGAAAGAUGAGAUUGGUUCCCAGCCAUUUACUUGCUAUUUUAAUCAAUUUCAAAGACCAGAUGAUGUGCUCCUUCAUCGCACGCAUGAUGAGAUUGUCCUCCUGCAUUGCUUUCUCUGGCCCCUGGUGACAUUUGUGGUGGGCGUUCUCAUUGUGGUCCUGACCAUCUGUGCCAAGAGCCUGGCAGUCAAAGCAGAAGCCAUGAAGAAGCGCAAAUUCUCUUAAAGGGGAGUAGGCUUGUGGCAAGCAAAGCACAGAAACUGCGCUCAUCGGCACACAUCUACCUGCGGAGGCUGUUUCCUGGUGCAGGAGAUGGAAGGGGCUACGAGAGGUCUCUGAGAGGCUCCUCCCUCAAUGGCAGCAGAGACCGGCACAACUGGAAGACUUGGAACCUCAUAGAUUGUAUGCCAUGUGUCGUAGCGAUGGCUGAGGGGUCAAGCUCUUAACCGUAUGGAGUAACCAUUUCAGAAAAUCCUAUAAGAAGUUAAUUUUCUUUGGAAAGUAACAGUAUAUAAUUGUACAGUGUAGUAUACAAACCAUUAUGAUUUCUGCUACUUAAAAACAUUAAAAGAGAGUGGUCUGUG